GCGACAAAUACAGGCUACAGGUCGCUCUGGUCAUCGGGGUAUUUUACGCAAGAGGCAGGAGGAGCUUGGCAAAAGUGAACAGUCUCCGGAGGCGUCGUGAUCGACACCAUGAACUGACACCAUCUCGCCCAAAACUCGCGCAUGUCUGAGCAAUGGGCGAGACUUGAAGCACCAUGACUCCGACGCACUCUUCCGAAAUGCUUCUUCCAGCUCCACUGUGCAUGUUCCUUUCAAGGUGCACCCCUGCAAUGCAACACAAUAAACCCAGCCUGCACACCAGGCGCGUGUGUGUAAUGCCAAAUCUGCGCGCCAUCUUGAUCAUCACCUUUUACCUCGAUACAGCCAUUGCCUGCCGUAUCUUGCCUCGUUGGUGGCACUCGCCCUCAAUCUGCUGCCGCCUUAUCUGCCAUGUCACUAAAGGUUGGGCUGGGUAUAUCGGCAUGCAUCGUGCUAGUUCCCAAAGAAGGAGGUGGUUUCUGCACUUGUGUGCUUUUAAGCUUAAUGCUAAGCGGGUCUUGGAUGGUCAGCGGACAAAGACGAUAUGACUGCACACGACACCAAUCGAAUCCCGCACCACAACAAGUGGCCCAGAAAUUCGAAGAAAGUGUGCCAUCGUCCUUAACAUCUUGCCCGACGCUUCUGUCAUUCGUUCGCUGCCUAUCAUUAGAACGGUCAUGUGAAUGUCGUUAUCCCUGUGGGUAGGGCUCCACCGAUUGUGUGCUCACACAUGAUGCU